AUGAAAACUCAUAAAAGAUCUAAAGAAGCACGAGGAGCUUCAAGAAAAGCAUAUUUUGAAAAAUUAAAUGAGUUAGAGCAACGUAUUGUUGAAUUUGACUUAUCAAAAGAUGUAAAUUUAUUUUCAGAGCUUCCAUUAUCUGAACAAACAGCAGAAGGAUUAAAGGAAAAUCACUAUAUAAGACUCACAGAUAUACAAAAGAAGGCUAUUCCAGUUGCAUUGUCGGGCAGAGAUGUUUUAGCAGCAGCAAGAACAGGCAGUGGCAAGACAAUUGCAUUUUUGGUUCCAGUUUUGGAAAACUUGUUAAGGAAGAAAUGGAGUAUUUAUGAUGGUCUUGGAGCGUUAGUUAUUUCACCGACAAGAGAAUUAGCAACACAGAUAUUUCAAGUGCUUUGCAAGAUUGGAAAGAAACACAAUUUUUCUGCAGGUCUUGCUAUUGGGGGGAAAGAUUUGCAAGAAGAAGCACAAAGGAUAUCACGAAUGAAUAUUAUGAUUUGUACACCGGGAAGAAUUCUUCAACAUAUGGACCAAACGUCUGGGUUUGAUGUUAGCAAUCUUCAAAUACUUGUUUUAGAUGAAGCAGAUUGCAUUUUAGACAUGGGAUUUCAAAAAACAAUUGAUGCUAUUAUAGAAAAUAUACCAAAAAAUAGACAAACAUUGCUUUUUAGUGCGACACAAACAAAAAGGGUUAAAGACCUUUCUCGAUUGUCCCUUAGAAAUCCAGAUUAUAUAGCCGUUCAUGAAAAAGAAGCUAGUUCUACACCGCCGACACUUGAGCAAUAUUAUUCUAUUGUUUUGCUUCAUGAAAAAAUUAAUGCUCUUUUUAGUUUUUUAAGAACAAAUUUAAAAGCAAAAGUAUUAGUUUUUAUGAGUACUAGUAAACAGGUACGUUUUAUUUAUGAAGUUUUUAGACGUUUGCAACCUGGUAUUCCACUUUUGCAUAUUUAUGGAAGAAAAAAACAAAUAUCAAGAAAUCUUAUAACAUCUCGAUUUUCUACUGCAAAAUAUGCAGUUAUGUUUUGUACAGAUAUUGCAGCACGUGGUCUUGAUUUUCCAAUGGUAGAUUGGGUUUUACAAUUUGAUUGUCCUGAGAAUGCAGAUACAUAUAUUCACAGAGUUGGUAGAACUGCAAGAUUUGAUAAGAAUGGAAAAGCUCUUAUGUUUCUUUGCCCGAGUGAAAUAAAAAUUUUAGAACAUUUGGUAAAAAAAAAAGUACAAAUACAGGAAAUUAAAACAAAAAAUUCAAAAAAAAUAGAUAUUUCAAAACAACUACAACAUAUAUGUUUUAAAGAGCCUGAAAUAAAAUAUUUAGGACAAAGAGCAUAUAUAAGUUAUUUAAGAAGUAUUUAUCUUCAAAAAGAUAAAGAAGUGUUUAAGCUUGAAGAUUUAUCCAUUGAAGAAUUUUCAUCAAAUAUGGGGCUUUUGGGUGUUCCAAAAAUUAUGUUUUCAAAUAAUAUAAAUAAUAAAGUUUUAAAAAAUAUGCCUAAAAAAUUACAAACAUAUUUAAAUAAUGAAAAUUUAAAAAAAGAAAAUCAGACUGAUAAAAAAGAAACAGUUAAAACUAAAUAUGAUAAAAUGUUUAAACGUGUAAAUCAAAAUGUUAUAUCCGAACAUUAUAAAAAGAUGGUAGAAGACACUGAUUCAUCGAUUAAUAAUAAUUCUACUGAUGAUGAAAAUUUCAUGAAAAUAAAAAAAGUAGAUAAUGAUUUAAACCAAGAAUUCAUAGAAAAUAAUUUUAAUAUUUCUUCAAAACGAAAACAAAAAAUAGCCACAUCAAAGAAAGCAAUGCUUAAAUAUCGUCCAAAAGGGAUAAAAUUAAUAUAUGAUGAUGAUGGGAAUACACAUGAUGUCUAUAGAUUUCAAGAUGAGGCAUCAUUUCACAAAGUAGGGACUGUUGAUGAUCAAAAAACAAAAUACCUUGAAAAAGAAAAAGAAAAAAUGCUGGAAAAUGAUAUUUUAGAUAAAAUAGAAACAAAGGAAAAAAGACGUCAAAAAAGAAAAAGAAUUUUAACAUUAGAAAAAGAAAACAUUACAGAAGAGAGUAUUGAUGAUGAUACUGAGUCUCAGUUUUCAUCUAAUACUGCAAAUGUUCCAAGAAAAAAACAUAUAAAAUGGUUUGAAAACGAUUUACAUUUAAAAAACUCUUCCGUAAUAGAAGUUGAUCAUUUAGAUACACUUGAAGAUCAUGAAAAUCUUGCUUUAAAAUUAUUAAAUGUCCACUAG